AUGAAAACUCAAGAUUUAAAUAAGCUUAUUACUAAAAUCCCCAGAAACUAUAGUAAUGAAAUCAUAAGACUUUUCAGAGAGAUAAAUACAUUCAACUUAUGCCACCCAAACAUCACUAAAUUCUUCGAAUCAUACUUCACAUUUGAUGAUUAAUUUGUAAUAAUAACUGAACUAGCUGAGAAUGACCUUAAAUCUUAUAGAUAGGCGAAUUCAAGAAUCACCAACGAUAAAAUCAUGGAUAUAAUGGUCUAGAUAAUGAGAGGGACUAAUUAUCUACAUAACCAAAAUAUAAUGCAUAGAGACUUAAGUCCUGACAAUAUACUUGUUUUUGAUAAUGGAACUAAAUUUAAACUCUGCGAUUUCGGACUAGCCACUCCAAAUGGUUUGUCAAUCGCUUAUACAGGCAAACUGUACUUUAAAGCACCAGAAAUAAAUUAAGAUGAAGAAUAUAGUUACAACCACUAAGUUGAUAUAUGGUCAGCAGGAGUUAUUCUUUACUAUUUGUGUACUGAAGAAUAUUCGAAAAUAUUUGAGACAUUACUUAACAAGAUGCUCAGAUAUAAACCUUUGGAUAGACCACAGGCACUUGAAGUUCUCUCUGAUUUGUAUAUACUUAUGGGAAAACCUCUAAACAAUCAUAUAGAAGAGGAAGAAAAAGGAGAUGAUUAGUAGCAAAAAGCUUUUUCUAUCACUCUUUAAUCAACUAAUGAAAAAUACCAAGGAGAAAUUGAUUAAAGUACCAAAAAGCCAGAUGGAAGAGGCAGGUUAUUAUAUCCAAAGGGAUCAAUAUAGGAGGGUGUCUGGAAAGAUAAUUAACUAAAUGGCAGAGAAAUAAAUUCGAUAGGAAAUUACUAUAUAGGAGAGCUUAAAGAUUUCUAAUGUCAUGGUUACGGUAAAAGAUUUUGGGAUGAUGGAGAUUUUUACGAAGGAUAUUUCAUAAAUGAUAAUAUAGAAGGUCUUGGUUUGUAUAAAUGGAGUAAUGAUACUUAAUGCUAUGGUCAAUGGUCUAAUGGAAUGUUACAAGGUUUAGGAGUAUUCAUAAGUAAGAAUGGAAAUAUUUAAGUAGGAUAAUUUAUAAAAGGCGAGAAUCAUGGCAUUUCGAUGAUUAUUCCAAAAGAUGGAAGCUAGAUAAUGAUCAAGAGAUUUGAAAAUAACAAAUGCAAAGAGACAUUACUCAAAGUAGAUAAUAAGAAUAAAUGA